AUCAUUACGAGCCCGGCAUACGUAACUGUCAACUAAAGUCAAGCUGGGAACAGUGACGUUAGAUGGUCAACCUCUGUUGUACUGCCGUAGGACUUCCUUAUCUAAACAUUUAAAAAAUCACCAUGAUGGCUUUCAAAGAAUUUUCGAAGAUAACCGGAAUACUUCCACAUAUUUUGUCCAAAAGGAAUUUCAUUUCACUCGCUUACCCUAGAAGAUCAUUUUUGCCUUGCUCCACCUGCACGACUCAAUCUGUUCAUGUGCCGUCAUCGAAUGUCACCUUCAGCAGGGGAACUUUGUUGCGCAGUUACUCCUCCGCGUCGGAUACAGAAAUAAAUAUCUCCCGUGAGCAGCUGAAGCAGCUACUCGCUAGUCGGACGGGUGUGGUCAUCGAUGUCCGUGAACCAUGGGAACUCCGAGAAUACGGAAUCAUUCCUGGAACAGUUAAUAUUCCUCUUGGGCAGGUGGAUCUGGCGUUGCAGCUCAACCCUGAGAAGUUCAAGGAGAAAUACGGAGGAGACAAGCCCUCUCACUCUGACAACAUCGUCUUCUCCUGCCUGGCUGGCAUUCGCAGUAAAAAAGCCCUGGACACAGCUGUCUCUUUAGGAUACUCCAAAGUACAACAUUAUCCUGGUGGAUUUGAAGAUUGGGCAAAGAAUGAAGUAUUACCGACUAAACAUUGAAGUGUCGUUCUUUCACCAAAUGUCUGAGUGCACUUGUGCAAGCACUGGUUCCCGAAAAUGUUUCAAGUAAAGGACUGCAUGCAAGGAAUCAUUUUUAUAUUUUUAAAUGGUGUCAGGCUUUUGAGUUGAUUUUAUAUAAUGAAGGUUAACUGUCCUCAUUCUGGCUCUUCAUUGAGAAAUAAUUUUGAUUAAAGCUGUCAUUUUUGACCAGUGUCAGGAUCAAUAAAAGAAAGUAAUAUAUUUCAUUUAAAUAUGUGUGUGUAUAUAUAUAUAUAUAUAUAUAUAUAUAUAUAUAUAUAUAUACAUAUAAAUGACAAAAAAGUUAUAAUAUAUUUAACAUUCAAACUAUUAUGUAAAGACACAUUUUUUGAAAAUGUGUUUUGAUUUGCACAAAUCUUUCAUUUUUGAUAAUGUACAUUGUACUGCCUGAGUUGCAUAUAAUAAAAAGGAAUAUAUUCUCAUAUAAUGAUAAAUAUUGAUGUGACUCUACUAUAGCUUCAUAGGGCUUGCGCAGUUGGUGAUUGCAAGAGGACUUUCGGUUAGGGGUCUGCGUUUCAUCACUCUCUAGAGACCCUUACUGAUUGAUUGGGUGCUCUUGGACUGCAUGCCAAAGCAGCAUAGGAAAUAGGAUGAUUCCAAAGGUCCUGAAUGACAGGGGCCCUCAAAAAUAUUAGAAUAUAAUAUUCAUGACUUUUCAUUGGUCGGUUAUUGAAUCUGACAUUAAUAUUUUACUGAAAAUGUAGUAAUAAAAAUCAUGGAUUCUUUUUCUUUUUUGUGGGGUGGCCUGGGGUACCCUGGCGGUGCCCCUGUACCUCAUACCUUCUGGUCUGCGUCUGUGCAAGCCCUCAAUAAACAUCUACCCCUGUCUAUA